UUUUGUUUGAAUAAAGUUUAUCAUCAUCAUCAUCAUCAUGGAUCUAAUGGUCAUCAUCAUCAGGAAGGUAAAUCUUUUAGUAUUGAUUCCAUUCUUGGCUUUGCAGCAACCAACACCGAUAACAACAAUAAUAACAGUAAUAACAAUAAAUCUAUCGAUAAUUCAGCCGUUGAUUUUAUUUAUGGCCAUCGACAUCAAAAUCAAUAUCAACAACAACAACAACAACAACAACAGACAAUCCUUUCGGUGCAACAGCAAUCAAAUCAUCAAAAUUCAUUCUAUCCAAAUCCAAUGAAAAAAAUUGCCACAAACAAACAAAUUGAAUCAAAAGUAGUAGCCGUCAACAAACAUGAAUCAAUGAUGAUUCUUGAACAACGACGACCAACUAUGAUGACGAAAAAUGUUAAAAAUUGUAAAAAGCUUGGAUUGAUUCAUAAUCAGAAAAAAAUGACAAUGAAAUCAAAAAUCUUAUCCUCAACAACAACAACAACAACAGCAUUGAAUAAAUCGAAACGUAUACGAACAAUUUUCACACCUGAACAAUUGGAACGUUUAGAGAAUGAAUUUGAAAAACAACAAUAUAUGGUCGGCACAGGAAGACUAUAUUUGGCAUCCACAUUGAAUUUGACCGAAGCUCAAGUUAAAGUUUGGUUUCAGAAUCGUCGUAUUAAAUGGCGUAAACAACAUUUGGAAGGAUAUCAAGAAGGAAUUGGUGAAAUUCAAAAAAAUGCUGAUACUCACCUAUCACAUGAUGGUAAUGAAGAAAAUGAUAAUGAUGAUGAUGAUAAGAAUUCAAGUUUUUAAAAAUCAUCAAAUCGCUGGAAAGUAGUCAUGUGAACGAAUCACUAGUCGUACA